AUGUAUGCUGCCGGCACCCUUGCACUGCCUUUGCCACCCUGCACCGGCACUGGCACCGGCAUUGGGCUCGGCGGUUUGAUGGGGGCUUUCUCGGUGGUCCGGCGCUGCGUCAAGCUCUGCACCGGCCAUGAGUACGCCGCCAAGAUCAUCAACACCAAAAAGCUCUCCGCCAGAGACCACCAGAAGCUGGAGCGGGAGGCCCGCAUCUGCCGGCUGCUGAAGCACUCCAACAUCGUGCGGCUCCACGACAGCAUCUCGGAGGAGGGGUUCCAUUACCUCGUCUUUGACCUCCACUGCAUCCAGCAGAUCCUGGAGGCCGUCCUCCACUGUCACCAAAUGGGCGUCGUCCACAGGGACCUCAAGCCGGAGAACCUGCUCCUGGCCAGCAAGUGCAAAGGGGCGGCGGUGAAGCUGGCCGACUUCGGCCUCGCCAUCGAGGUGCAAGGGGAUCAGCAGGCCUGGUUCGGCUUCGCGGGCACGCCCGGCUACCUCUCCCCCGAAGUCCUGCGCAAAGAGGCCUACGGCAAACCCGUGGACAUCUGGGCAUGCGGUGUCAUCCUGUACAUCUUGCUGGUGGGCUACCCGCCAUUUUGGGACGAGGACCAGCACAAACUCUACCAACAGAUCAAGGCCGGUGCCUACGACUUCCCUUCGCCCGAGUGGGACACGGUCACCCCCGAAGCGAAAAACCUCAUCAACCAGAUGCUGACCAUCAACCCUGCCAAGCGCAUCACAGCCCACGAAGCCCUCAAGCACCCGUGGGUCUGCCAACGCUCCACCGUGGCCUCCAUGAUGCACAGGCAGGAGACAGUAGAGUGUCUGAAAAAGUUCAACGCCCGGAGGAAGCUCAAGGGCGCCAUCCUCACCACCAUGUUGGCCACCAGGAACUUCUCAGGUAAGGGGGCUGCACCGCCGCCGUCCCGCUGGCAGGAGUCGUCCGAUAGCACCAACACCACCAUCGAGGACGAGGACACGAAAGUGCUCUCCAAGAACAACAAGCCGAUCCACACGACCAUCCUGAACCCCCACGUGCACGUCAUCGGGGAGGACGCCGCCUGCAUCGCCUACAUCCGCCUCACCCAGUACAUCGACGCCCAGGGCCGGCCCCGCACCAGCCAGUCGGAGGAGACCCGCGUCUGGCACCGCCGCGACGGCAAGUGGCAGAACGUCCACUUCCACGGCUCGGGGGCCCCCGUCGCCCCGCUCCAGUGA